UUUAAUAAUGUGAUAGUAGUGUCAUCGAUUCUCAUCGUGGAACCAGUUUCGUUGGUACACUUCAAUAUUUUCAGUAACUCGACAAAAACUUGAAUUAGAAAUUUACACAAUGUCGAAGUGGAUUGCAGCUGUUUUUGGUGCUCUCAUGUGAUCAGUGCAUCAAAGAAACUUUUUUUUACUUGCAACCAAUGCAAAACAACCAAAUGUCAUCUGUGGACGACAACGACAAUAAAACACUUGAUGACAUUGCAUGUGUGUGACAACGAUCAAGAGAAAAGAUAGAUUAUAGCAAUAUACGAUAUCAAAGACCAUCAACUACUUAAAUUUUGAAGUAGACGAAUUUAUUUUGAAUUUUUUUGUUGAGUGAAACGUAAUUGGCACAUAAUAAUGUUGCAUGACGAAUUUGAGCGAGAAUUCGCUGCAUCAAUGGAUGACUUGGAAAGUAUCGAUACGGUAACAAUACCGCCACCGGCAAGUGCAACAGCACUCACCACCAGUAAAUUGGCAAAGUUUAAGCGUUUGCCAGAAAUUGACGAGAAUAAUGUCAUAAACGAUAUUUCUCCGUCUUCAUCAGACAUUUUGUAUCGUGUAUCGACCGAUAUAUUGGCAGCCAGCGCUGGUGGCGAUCUACGAAAAACGGUUUUGAUAAACAACAGUGCCAAUGAAAUAUUAUCAAAUUCACCGUUGACCUUAAGCGACGACGACGACGACGAUGGUGAUGAUAAUGACAUCACUGACGACAAAAAUGAUAUGCAUAAACGUGAUUUGGCCAAUAAUAAUUUUACCAAUGGCAAUAAGACCGACGACACAACCGACGAUAACAAAAUUGUUGUCGAUGAUACACAAGUCAAAACUGGUGCCAAACGUAAAUUUAUUGUCACUCGCAUGGAUUCGAAUGUCUUACUUCGGCCCGAAGCCGAAAAUCUACGCAAUUUAUCGGCCAAAUCAAAUGCGGCCACAAUUAGUUUUCCAUGUUCAUCGUCGUCAUCGAAUCGAGCAGCAUUGAGCAGUCUAUUUGCAACGAAUAGAACAUUUGAACCGCAUUUAGAUAAACGAUAUUUCGAUACAUCAUUAGUUCGUAUCAAUGCGACCAGCAUGCAAUCGUUGGACACAUCGAGUCUAACAUUGAAUACUAGUAGUCAAGAAAAGUCGCCUAACAACGAUGGCAAUAUCUGGGAACGACGAAAAGAUUUCAAACCCAAAGUACAAUUGAUUGAAGCCGAUGGCCGUAGUCGAUCAACGAAGAAUGGUGAAACUGUAAAGGCGGCCCCUGAAAAAGAUGGUGCAAACAAAAAAGAUGAACUUAAACCAAAGAAGAAAAAUAACCGCUCAAACUCAUUGGAACGGCGAAAGAGUGGCGACGGCGAUUCAAUAAUAAAUCAGUCAACCGUACACGGUAUUGCUAGUCCAAAUCGUCGUCCGACAAUUUUCGAUGUAUUUCGUCCACGUUCAAAAUCGGAUGCCAAACGAAAGGAACGUGAAUUGGCCAAAGCACAAUCGGCCGAUAAGGAUAGUAGUGCAAGCGGAAGUAGUACACAUAGCGGUUCGGGUAUAAUGCAUAGUAUGAAAGCUGCUAUGCAACACACUAUUGGAACAAAAUCCGAUUCAAAGACAUCAAAAUAUCGUGAUGGUUCGGCGCAUCCGCACGGUGGCAGCGAUGCUCAGUAUUAUCACACUGUGACAGCCGUGCGAAGACUCGAUCACGCAAAAUCGCCGAUGACAAAAAUGAUGGACUUGUUUCGACAUCGAUCAAAUUCAGCCACUUCAGAGGCUGACAAGCGUAAAGCGAAAGCGGCUUCGAUGCUACAACAUCAAAUGGCAACUCAGAGUGCAAUAAUGCGACGGGCAUCGGCUGAAUUGGAAAAGCGACGUGCUUCAUUGGGCGCAACACGUGGCCUACGUUCCGAUGGUACACUAGAUCCAUAUUAUGCAGCCAUUCUAUUUCGUGAUUCAAGAGGCCUACCCGUUGCGGAUCCAUUUUUGGAAAAGUACAAUAUGUGCGAUUCGGAAGAAGAUGAUUCUCUGAUUUUUGUGAAAUUUUUCCGUUUUCACAAAUGCUACGACCUGAUACCAACGUCCGCUAAACUGGUGGUGUUUGAUACUCAACUACUAGUGAAGAAGGCAUUUUAUGCUCUCGUUUACAAUGGUGUUCGUGCUGCGCCAUUGUGGGAUUCAAGCAAACAAUCAUUUGUUGGCAUGUUGACUAUAACUGAUUUUAUCAAAAUCCUACGCGCAUAUUACACAUCACCGCAUACGUCUAUGGAUCAAUUGGAGGAGCACAAACUAGAUACAUGGAGAAGUGUCCUUAAAGCUCAAGUAAUGCCACUGGUGAGCAUUGCCCCGGAUGCAUCAUUAUUUGAUGCAAUUAAAAUGUUAAUUACCAAUCGUAUCCAUAGACUGCCCGUUAUCGAUCCACUAACCGGCAACGUUUUAUACAUUUUGACACACAAACGAAUUCUACGGUUUUUGUUUUUAUAUAUAAAUGAGCUACCGAAACCUGCAUACAUCCAUAAAACAUUGCGUGAAAUACGUAUAGGAACCUAUGAAAAUAUCGAGACUGCAAAUGAGGACACUAGUAUUAUAAGUGCACUGCAUAAGUUUAUUGAUCGUCGUGUGUCAGCAUUGCCAGUUGUUAAUUCAGAGGGUCGUUUAGUCGACAUUUAUUCAAAAUUUGAUGUGAUUAAUUUAGCCGCUGAGAAAACGUAUAAUGACUUGGAUGUGUCGUUGCGUAAGGCGAAUGAGCAUCGGAAUACAUGGUUUGAAGGUGUUCAAAAGUGUAUUUUGGAUGAAACGCUGUAUGUCAUAAUGGAGCGCAUUGUUCGGGCCGAAGUGCAUCGUUUAGUCAUUGUUGAUGAAGCAGACAAAGUGAUUGGCAUUAUAUCAUUAUCAGAUAUUUUGCUUUAUUUAGUUUUGCGACCGAUGGAAUCGCAAAAAUCGGUAAGCGGUUCAUUGCAUUCGUUGCGUUCACUUCAGACAAGCAGUUUGGGCGGUUUAGAUGAUUCAAUGGACAGCAUUACAAAUAUUAGAGGUGGAAAUAGUGCGAUGGAUGACAAUGUAUUCGAUGAACGAAGCGAGGAUUUAAUAUCGGCCACUGAAGCAGAAGAUGAAGGUGUCGAAACGGAUAUCAUAAACUCAACAGCACCGGCUGCUCUAGAGAGCGAAAUUGAUACAAUAACCGAAACACAAAGUGAUACAUUCAUUUCAGAAGCAAUUAGCGCCAUCGAUCUUAAUUCAGAUGAAUCGGCUAACUCAUUAAUUAGUUCUGCUAAGUCAGCAGCAAGCGAAUUGGGCACUGUUGCAGAGUAAAAUUGUUAAAAACAAACAAAUUAUAUCGUUCAAAUGAACAAAUAAAUGAAAAAAACCCUUUUGUAUAUACAUAUAAAUUGAAAAGUGAAAAGUUCUCUUAUAAACGAGGCGAUAUAUGAAACAUGUGUUGAACAAAACAGAAAAAAAAUUGUUAUUCAAUUUGCCUACUCUAUUUACGAUAUGUCAAGAUGUUUUUUUUGUUUCAAAGUGGUAAAUUGUAUGUCUAGAUAGGAAUUGUGUAUUGUAUUUUAAACAGCUUCUAUAAGAAAAAGAAAUUAAAAAAAACUGAAACAAUUUCAGACAACAAUAAAAAAAAACCAACUGACGGCGGUUUAGAUGAUCAACAUAGAAUGGCCUGAAUAUAGUGAAAA